ACGCGUGCGACUGGAAUAUUCUUGGCUAUGGCGAAAUUCGUGUUUGUGCACGGCGCAGGGCAUGGCGCAUGGUGUUGGUACAAGGUCUUGCCUCGUCUCCGUCAAGCGGGCCACGCGGCCCUGGCCGUGGAUCUCUCCAGCGCCGGGAUCAGCACCGUUGAUCCCAACGAGGUGAGAACCUUGGCUCGUUACUCGCAGCCUCUCGUCGAGCUCAUCGAGUCCCUUCCUCAAGGAAACAAGAUCGUGCUCGUGGGUCACAGCCUUGGAGGGAUUGUCGUCACUUAUGUCAUGGAGAAGUAUCCCACGAAGUGUGCAGCGGCAAUCUUCGUGGUGGCAUCGAUGCUCCCUUCGGGUCCCAAAGCUAUAGAGGUCCGAGACAAGGCGGUGAUGUCUGGUUUCUCAGAAAUUGUAGAUAGGUUCUACACCAAGGGCUCGGAAGUUCCAACCUCGUCAAGACUCAAACCGGAGCAUCGCCAGCCUGUGCUUUACCAUCUUUGUUCUUCCGAGGACGUGGAGCUAGCAAAUCUUCUUCUCAAACCAAAUCCUUUGUUGCCACCCUCUGAAAUCGCGGUGGAGUACACCAAAGAGAAGUAUGGAAGUGUUCCUCGUUAUUACAUCAAAGGGAUGCAUGACAGAGUGAUACCCGCGGCAAUGCAAGACUAUCUCGUGGAAAACAAUCCCCCCGACGGUGUUCUAGAGCUUGCAUCUGAUCACAGCCCCUUCUUUUCCACUCCAUAUGAGCUUGUAGAGGCACUUGCAAGCAUCUUAACAUCGUUAAAAUGAAAGGAUUCGAGCGACAAUGGCAAAUGCAAGGAAUUGCCAUGGAAUGAAAAUCCUUGGAAGACUAUGGACAGAGUCCAGUGCCUAGAACUCAUUCAAUCUUGCAAGAGCUUGGCUUUGGCUGAGGAUCUGCAUGCCAGUAACAGUGCCAAAACUGAUGAUGUUUUCCUGUGCAACAAGCUCAUCGCAAUGUACACGAGGUGUGGAAGCUCAUUGCACGCCAAACGAGUUUUUGAUACCAUAGGGAUGUCUACUCUUGGGAUUUCAUGAUGAAUGCUUACUCGAAGUAUGGCAGCUUUGAGAAUGCAAAGGGAUUCUUUGAUUCGAUGCCUCAGAGAACUACUGUUUCUUGGGUUGCAAUGUUAAGCACAUAUGCCCGUUCUGGGCAUCUAGAGGAAUCCGAAAAUACCUUUGCAAGGAUGCCAGAUGCAACUACGGUGGCUUGAAACUUUAUGAUUGACGUGUACGUUAAUCAUGGAUUUCUUGAAAAGGCUAACAUUUUGUUCGAUAGAAUGCCAAGGCAAACAUUAGUUGCUUGGAACACUAUGCUUGUGCAUAUGCCCAAAUAGGGCACCUUGUUCUUGCCAAGAGAAUGUUUCACACGAUGCCACUACGAGAUCUAAUCUCUUGGACGGCCAUGUUCAACGCGUAUGUGCAGAACGGGACUGUUGAAAUGGCGAGAAUUUUUGUUGAUCUCAUGCCGGAAUGGGAUCUCGUAUCGUGGACAGCAGUGCUCACUGCGUAUGUGAAGAGAGGAAACUUUUCCGAAGCCAAGCAAACUUUUGAUCAGAUGCCGUUUAGAAACUUGGUGUCAUGGACGUGCUUGCUGGACGGAUUUUUACAAGUCAAAGACGUACAAGCUGUUAAAGAAACGUGGAAUGCAAUGCUCUCUGCAUGUGCCCAUCUCGGAGAUCUGCAAAACGCGGUGAUAAUCUUUGAAGCUAUGCCCGAACGAACAAUGGCUUGAGCCGAAACGCGAUUUGAUUUCAUGGACAAUUGUAUUGUGUGCUUGUGCCCAAAAUUGGCAUCUGGAUGAAGCAAGGAAUAUCUUUGAAAUGAUGCCACAAAAGACAAUAGAGGCGGCAAAUGCAAUGCUGCCAGCUCUUGCACAAAAUAAGUACCUGUCGGAAUUUAGAGAACUUUUUGUAAAGAUGCCACAGCAUAGUACAAUGUCGUGGAAUGCUCUUUUGUCAGCAAAUGCAUAAAACGGGCACUUGGAGGAAACAAGAAGGGAUUUCCUGAAAUACAAUACUCUCAAUAGAGGCCCAGAAAGGGAUGAUAAGUAGAUCUUCCAGUACGAAAUGCCAGAGUGGGAUGUUGUGUCUAGCACUGUAAUGAUCUCGACUUUCUCCAAAAGCGGCAAGUUUGAAGAGGCUAAGCAGCUUUUUGACACAAUGUCAUUUCAAGAUUCAGUCUCUUCAACGGCCAUGGUUCCCAACUUUGGCCAAAAUGCAAGUGGAAGAUGCUAAGGGCUUGUUUGAAAGAAUCUCUCCAUAAAACAGAGAUGUGUGUUGGAAUGUGAUGUUUUUAACUUAUGCUCAAAAUAGACAUCUACUGGAAGCAAGAGAAGUGUUCAACGACAUGUUAUGGAAGGACACAGCCUCAUGGACUGCAAUGUUGUCUCUCUAUGCUCAAACUAGCCACCUUUGGUAUUGUAGAAAGCUCUUGCUUGAGAUGUUUGAGAGGUGCUUGGUCACUUAGAGUUUAUUGCCUUAAGUGGAGUGGUGUCUUAUUUAAGUAUUAUAAAAUUCAUUAGUCCUCA